AGGGUCCGCCCCUGCACUCCUCCCCCUCUCUCUGCCCGCCCUGACGGCAUCCAUACACAAUAGUGUGCUGUCUCUGUUCCAGGGAGAAUAUCAGCUCUGCACAGGGAGGAGAGGAUUAGUGCAACCACUCAGCUCAUCUGCAUACACGUUCCCAGAGAACCACAUGAGCACCCAGGGCUGCACAUCUUUUGUAUAAAACCUGGCACUCCUGUUAUAGAGACUCCACUUCCUCUACGGUCACUGCUGUGGGAGGAUUUAAUAAGGACCACAGUUUUUCCCUUUUGGAUUUUUAAAAACAAUUUUUUGUCUGAGAUGUCUCUAUUUAAUUGGCACAAUGCAAGUAAUAUCAUUUGAUGUAGUCUUGCUCUGAGCAUCAAACUGUUUUCUCCUCCUUUUUUGGGACUUUCCACUGAGGUUGUUCCUUCAUCUGCUUUGGGAGACUGCAGCACCAGAAUGCCAUCUAGAGAGUCCUACGAGGUUCACAAGGAAGAGAAGUCCCUGGUGCAAAAGGCCAAGCGAGAGGCCAAUCAGGAGGAUAUUCUUGCGGCAGCUCUGGUGAUGAGGAUGGGGCCACAGAAACCUCCAGCCACUUUCUGGCAGCCACUAAAACUAUUCGCCUAUUCACAGCUCACCUCACUGGUUCGCAGAGCCACACUGAAGGAGAACGAGCGCACACCCAAAUCUGAGAAAGUCCACAAUUUCAAGGUCCAUACCUUUCGAGGGCCUCACUGGUGUGAACACUGUGCCAACUUCAUGUGGGGACUGAUGGCUCAGGGGGUCAAAUGUGCAGAUUGUGGUCUGAACGUCCACAAACAAUGUUCAUCUCUGGUGCCCAACGACUGCAAGCCAGACCUGAGACACAUCCGUAAAGUCUACAGCUGUGACCUCACGACCCUGGUGAAAGCUCACAAUACGGCGCGACCGAUGGUGGUGGACAUGUGCAUACGAGAGAUCGAGUCAAGAGGACUAAAGUCUGAAGGCCUCUACAGAAUAUCUGGAUUUAGCGAUUCGUUGGAAGAAGUCAAGAUGGCGUUUGACAAAGAUGGCGAGAAGACAGACAUCUCAGUGAAUGCCUAUGAAGACAUCAAUAUCAUCGCGGGUGCACUGAAACUUUACCUCAGGGAUUUGCCUGUUCCAAUCAUCUCAUACGAUGCUUACCCUAGGUUCAUCGAGGCUGCAAAGCUCACAGACCCAGAGAAGAAGCUGGAAGCUUUCCGUGAAGCUCUUGCUUUGCUGCCAUCAUCACACAGUGAAACCUUGAAGUACCUCAUGGCACACUUAAAAAGGGUGACACAGAAUGAGAAAUUCAACCUGAUGAACGCAGAGAACCUCGCCAUCGUUUUCGGACCCACCCUUAUGCGUGGCCCAAACCUGGACGCCAUGACAGCACUAAAUGACAUCCGCUACCAGAGACAGGUGGUGGAGGUGCUCAUUAAAAACGAAGAUACACUUUUCUGAACAGAGAUCAGGACUUUUAUAGAACAUUUAAUCAUUCUUUUGUUUAAAGACUUGAAUGACUGUGUGUAUUACAUUGAUUGAUACAUUUUUGUAAAAUUUGUAAAAAAGUGUUUGGACUAGUGCUGACAUAACAUCUGUCCUCCCCUGCUUCGGGUGUGGACAAUAAACUUUACACUUGUACAUAUGUCUCCCCAUUUUUGUCGGGGGAUUUUCAGAAGCUAACAGGCCAGCAUGCUUGGUGCAAGGUCUUUGUUACUUUGUAGUUGUAACCCAGCAUGUGAUAAAAUCGUGUAGCACUGUGAUUUGCUUUUGUCUAUUCUGUAGUAGUCAUAAUCUACAUUACUUACUUUCUGUUUUCUAUAGCUGGAUGUAAAAAUAAGCUACUGAUAAUUCUGGGGUAAUUUCUACGAUUCUGUAUUUUUUUAUAUCCUCAACAGUUUUUAUUUACCUUUAAGUAGUUAAAUGAGCCUUUCCUGUUAAUGUGUCUACACUGGUGCAAUUACCUGACCUUAACAUUUUUAUUGCGUUAUAAACAGCAUUAUUUGUGGAUUUUGUUUUUUAUUGUAAUGUUUUUGUACACAAAUUGUGCAUGAUCACUUUAAUUUAUUAAAUCUUACUCUGAGAAAUAAAAAGUGCUUAUUGACAACGCUGACUUACCAUAACAAAGAGCUACAUCAUGUUGUGCGUUAAACAUGCAUUUAAUAAAUUUUUGAGGGACUGCAGAAGCAAGCUGCAACAUAACUCACAGUAGUUAUAGCAAACAUCAUUCAUUUAGAGUUG